AGUCUCCAGUGUCAGAAUUUCCCUGUCCCCCUCUCAUUGGAGAUGGCAGCUCUCGGCCAUUUCAUUUGAGAUUCUACCAUCCCCACUCUAUGUUCCUGGGAGAUUGAUGACAGCUCCGAGUUGCUGGGGGAGAGAAACUCCUCUGGCACUCUCCAGUCCCCCGCCUGGGUGAUGGAGGGAGAGAAGGGAGAAGCACUGCCCGUGGUCCUUUUGGGGGCGAGCCUGCCACCUGUGCCCAAGUACCGCUCCUUUCCCCUACUUCGCGGUCCCACGGGCUCCCACGGCACCAGGCGUUUCUGCCCUGGCCUAGCUUCGUGAAAGACGCUCUCCCUAGGCAUUUCCCCCCUACCGGCCCACCAUCCUCCCUCAGUCUUGAUCGCUUUUUUGCCCUGGAGAGGCUCGCGGGGCCGAACUCGGGACCAGGAGACCAACGCAGGAGAGAGGACCGGUUUCUCCCGGAUCCGAGCAUCAGAUGGAGCCCGGGGGAGGGCGACCAGUGAGUGCACACUCUUGCAGGCCGGCGUCCUGUUGCACCAGAGCUGGGAGCUGGGGGCCGGCGGCUGGCUUUGGAGAGAGGUAGUAGCGGCACGGAUGGGGGCGUCAGCUGUGCCGAAACGAGAUGGCCGGGGUGGGCGAGGAGAGCGAGCCCCAGACCCACCGUCGCCUGCACAGUGACUACAAGCCGCCUCCUCCCCCAUUUCCCCCCGCCCUCCGCCUGCCUCCCGGAGCUUCUGCCCAGACACACACUGACACCCCUUCGAGGAGAAGCGAAUGGUCCCUUCCAGUCGGGUGGCCAUGUUGCUCUAAUAAAGCGGGCGGGGCAGCGGCGUGGGGGAGUAGAAGCGUCUGAAUGUGAGCGGGAGCUGGAUCCAGAGCUGGAGCCGCUGAGUGCAGAGAGCCCGGACCCGGGGCACCAAGCGUCGCGAGCAGAGACUGGGAGCCAGUGUUCGAGGGCAUCCACAGCCCAAAGCGCUGCCGCGGCGAUGGCUGUGGCGGUGGGGAGACCCAACAAUGAAGACCUUCGAAACUUGUCUCUUUCUGGUCAUGUUGGAUUUGAUAGUCUUCCUGACCAAUUAGUCAACAAGUCUACAUCCCAAGGGUUCUGCUUUAAUAUCCUCUGUGUUGGUGAGACGGGCAUUGGUAAAUCAACAUUAAUGGAUACUUUAUUCAACACCAAGUUUGAAAGUGACCCAGCUACUCACAAUGAGCCAGGAGUUCGGUUAAAAGCCAGGAGUUAUGAGCUUCAGGAGAGCAACGUACGUCUGAAACUGACCAUCGUUGAUACUGUAGGAUUUGGAGACCAGAUAAACAAAGAUGACAGCUAUAAACCAAUAGUAGAAUAUAUUGAUGCUCAAUUUGAAGCCUACCUGCAAGAGGAAUUGAAGAUCAAGCGUUCUUUGUUUAACUACCAUGACACCAGGAUUCAUGCUUGCCUUUAUUUCAUUGCCCCCACUGGACACUCUCUGAAGUCCCUUGACCUUGUUACCAUGAAGAAACUGGACAGUAAGGUGAACAUCAUCCCCAUCAUAGCAAAAGCAGACACCAUUGCCAAAAAUGAACUGCACAGAUUCAAGAGUAAAAUUAUGAGUGAACUUGUCAGUAAUGGUGUUCAGAUAUACCAGUUCCCUACAGAUGAAGAGACAGUGGCAGAGAUUAAUGCAACAAUGAGUGUUCAUCUUCCAUUUGCUGUGGUUGGAAGUACUGAAGAAGUGAAGAUUGGAAAUAAGAUGGCAAAGGCCAGGCAGUACCCUUGGGGUGUGGUGCAAGUUGAGAAUGAAAACCACUGUGACUUUGUAAAGCUCCGGGAGAUGCUGAUCCGAGUAAACAUGGAGGACUUGAGAGAACAGACUCACACCCGACACUAUGAGCUGUACCGACGUUGCAAACUGGAAGAAAUGGGAUUCAAAGACACAGAUCCUGAUAGCAAACCCUUCAGCCUUCAGGAAACAUAUGAAGCAAAGAGAAAUGAAUUCUUAGGAGAACUUCAGAAGAAAGAGGAAGAAAUGAGACAAAUGUUUGUCAUGAGGGUGAAAGAAAAAGAAGCUGAACUGAAAGAGGCAGAAAAAGAUCUUCAUGAAAAGUUUGACCUUCUAAAGCGGACACACCAGGAAGAGAAAAAGAAAGUAGAAGACAAAAAGAAGGAGCUAGAGGAGGAGGUCGGCAACUUCCAGAAGAAGAAGGCUGCCACCCAGCUCUUACAGUCACAGGCGCAGCAGGCUGGUGCCCAACAAACCAAGAAAGACAAAGACAAGAAAAAUGCAAGCUUCACAUAAAGCCUGGCAAGCCAAGGAUGGUCCCGCAUUCACCUGCUUUUGCAGUAACGUGUCUCUGCCAUCUGUGUUCUUUUUUUUUUCCUUUUACUCCCCUCCCUUCCUCCCAAAGCACCAAUAACUCUUUUAACUCAUUUCACUGGAGGUGGGUGGUGGGAGAAGGUAGAAAAGGGAAAUGAUGGUAACUGCUAUGUUCACCUGGAUUUUGUCUCUGGAAAGUAAAUGGUUUGCCUUUUAUGUCAAUUCAGAACAGUCAUGGUUCAGCACGCCUGUUAUUUGUAUGUUGCUUGGGAAUGAAUGGGAAAAUAAUGUGUUAAGUGCCAUUGUGUCUGACAUGGAAACUGUUCUCACCGCCUCACCAGCUGAACUAAAACCUGAAUGACUAGGAAAGCUAGUAUUUCCUUGACUAUCCCCAUAAUUGCCCAAUGCCCAUGCCCAACUCUGCCCUUUCUCCUUCCAUAUCCUCCUCUCAAGUAAACAAAGCAUGACUUGUACACUUUGCUUGAAUUUUUCAUUUUAGUGCAGAUUUCUUAUCAGCCUCCCCAGUGUCAGAGUGCUCAUUUCACUGUUUUUAAAAUGGAGCUGGAUUCCUGAUUCACAAGCACCAGAAGAGUUCAAGAAGGAUUAUUCUAAGGGCUUUGAAUAUAUAACUCUCCAUCACCAGCAUUUCCUAAUUUCUCAUGGAAAUUACAAAUGGCUGAUCAUACGCCAUCUUUCGUUGAAGGAACAUACAAGAUUGAAAAAUGGUCCUCAUCAUUCCAGCUUAUGAUAAUUAGCUCCUCCAGUAUUUGAAUUUUUUUUCCCCAAUGGGAAAAAAAUCAUUGUCUCCUAGUGGCAGAAACACUUAACUUCUCAGGUACAAGACUUCCCCCCAAAAAUUAUUCUUAGGACGUCACUUCUGUACUAUUCCCAAUAAAGCACUCCAAGUUCAACUCUUUGGCCUCUGACCUCCAUAUUUCAGUGGACCCUGUAACUGACACACUAGGGCCACACACUAGGGCCAAGGGAAAAGCAAACUUGAAUCAAGAAAUAAUAACUCAACUUUCCUCCCAAAUAGCUUCCCUGCCCUAGUCUCCUUUUAUGCCACUAGGUGGUCACAAGACAAAGAGAACAGAUGCUUCUUGGAAUCCAGUUGGCUUCAGGGAAUUGCCCUUGUCCUUUAUCACUACAAUCACUCACACAAAGCAUUUCUAUCUCUAAGACUAUAGAAGUGGGGCCAAAAGUGCCUCAAGCACAGGAUUCAGAGAGAACAUAAAUAAACCAGUAGUCUUCUGGAGUCUUUAAACAUACACUCUUUUGGCCUAAUUAAGAUAAAUCUUUGCUAUACUUUUAGAGAUGGGAUAUGCCAUCUUUCCCUUUGCUUCUAGCUUACUUAUAUCGAACACAUUUCCCUUGGGCCUUAGAUCUUCCAUCUCCUCUUGCCUAGUACCUUGCCAGGACAAGAAUGGCUAGUGGUUUUUGUUUCUGUUGAGGCACUGCCCACCAACCAACUUUCAUUGAAAGGGAUAUUUUCCAGGGACUAAUUUGGGGCCACAGAAGUAAAGCUCUCCUAAGGAAACCAUUUUGUAGCUCAAAAAUGCACAAAUAAGGUGAGCUUCAAAUCUAGAAGCAGCAGCAGUAAUGGAAUUAACUAGAUCUCCAUGGACAGGGUGUUUUGGCAGUUCUAAUAUGAGCCAAGGAUGGAGCAGCUGACUUCUAGGAAUUUUUCUUGGCAUGAUGAAACCAGUUUCCUAACCAUGGGCUGCAUUUUCUCAUGCUUUAUACUAAAAGUAAAAAAACUCAACUGCUUGUGUGACGUGCUUGCACUAGCUGUUUUGUGUGUCUGUGUCUUUUAAAAUUGGGCCUUUUUGUGCCUCAUUAUAGGACUUAAACAUUUUUAAUUGUUUCCUUCUAUUACUAAAGCCUUUUAAAGGUACUUUAGCAGUGAAAAGGCAUCCUAUUUUAGUCAUUUUGACCUUUUUGGCUCCAAACUGUAUCUAAACUGCAUUAAUUGCCUUGUUAGUUUUUUUUUUUAAGGAUAUUUUAAUGCUGCCACUAACUUUAUUUUUACUGCCAUCCCUUUUUUCCUGGCCCUCUUGAGCUUGUUACUGCUGCUCUUUUCUUUCUGUAUUUAUGCCUUUUUUCACAGUAGUCCUUGGCUCUGCACGGAAUAAAUGAUAUCCUCAAAUCUAUUUGGAUGUACUUUCACCUCUGCAUGUAAGUAUGGGAACAAGAAGCCUGUUUGACCUCUCAGCCUUUAAAAAAAAUGAAAUGAAUGGGACAGAUGGGAUGGGGGUUGGGGAUUUGUUUCCUCCCAUUCACUUGAGCAGCACCAGAAAGACAGCCAUUAUCACAAAUACCUCACAGCAGUCCCCUUAACUUAGAUUCCCCUUGAAAUCAAUGUGAAAGUCUUCAAGGGCUUUUCACAUUGAGACCAUAAAGGGAACAUUAUCUGACAUCACCAAGGGCUUUAGUUGGCACAGAGAAUCAUUCCCCACUACCAAAGAAAAUAAGCAGCCUCCACUGGGUGUGAAAUAUUAACAGGACCCUUUCCAUGGAUCACCAGAAUUUUGGUGGCUGACAAUAUCACUUUGCCUCUGGACCAAAAGUUAACUCCCCUAGGACUUAAUUUUGAUGACAAGAACUCAGUGGCAAGGGCUCUAAUUGGGUAUGAUGGCAAAUGACUAGGGGAUUCACUCAAUGUGUUUUUGCAAUCCAGAUUCUUUAUAUACAUUAUUAAAAACAGUAGAAUAUGAUGCCUGGACCAAGGGAGAUCUAGAGCUAGCUUACAAGUUUUUUCUUCUUUCUUUGUAACCUCAUAAGCUGAUGACAUUUGUUUCAUCUUCAACCCCCAUCAAUAAUAGAUUUGGUUUCUUCACUUCCUCUUUUCUCCACCCCCACCCUCACCCCCAGCUUGAUGUUUUAUAGAUUUUCAGUCAGGCUUUUCUACUGUUACUUACUCAAGCCCACUUGUCUCUGUGUGGUCCUACCAAUCCUGAUCAUUCCAAUGUGCUGCCAUUCUUCAUCUUCUGAGAAACAGUUAAGUUUCCUAAUCUAAGGAUCCCGAUUCCUUUGGCAGGACACCUUGGAGAUGACUUGUCUCACUAGGAGGGUUGGGAUCUCCAAAGCCUAGCAUAUGAGAUAAUAUGAAGGGAAAUUUUUAAUUAACUGAAAAUAAAGCUGUGAAGAGCAGUAGAGCUGUUUCCUAAUUUUGAAAAAUAUGCUUAUAUGCCUUAAACUGUAGCAGUAGAAUCUUGCCACUUUGCUGUUUUAAAAAAGUCAAUGUUUUCCUAAAUCUUGUGUAACUUCCAUUCAAUGUUAAAUACAGUAUUGUUAGACAUGUACGCGGCAUGUUAAAAACUUGUAAAUUUAAAAAAAAAACUGAAGUUAUUGUAUUGAUGUCAAGACAUUUCAUUUUUGAAUUACUGAUCACUUGACAAUUUUGCUAGGUAGGAGAAUAGUUGAAAGGUAACCUAUGCAUAUAUAUCUAUAGUGCCAAGGUGGGAAAUAUAUUUUUACCCAAACAUUG